AGCUCUUACAACAAGAAAUCCAAACUGCAGAAGUCCUGCUGAGAUGGGAAAAAUCAUCAUUUAUGAGCACGCCAACUUCCAGGGAUACUCCAAAGAGUUCACCUCUGACAUUGCUGAUCUGAAAAAAGUAGACUGGAAUGAUUGCGUUUCCUCAGUGAAAGUAAUUGGUCAGCCUUGGGUGGCUUAUGAGCAUAUCAAUUAUGCAGGCCAGUUUCUUGUACUUGAGGAGGGAGAACAUAGCUUUGUGGGUCAUGAGAUGAAUGACAAGAUCUCUUCUUUGCGGUUGAUUACUGAAAACCUGCACAAUCCCCAGAUUACUCUCUAUGAGCAUGUCAAUUAUCAAGGAAAUAGCAAGGUGGUAAAAGAAGCCACUAAUCUGGGCAGGGGUUAUAACAAUGACACGGUGUCUUCUCACCAAGUGCAGAAAGGUGUCUGGCUACUAUGUGAACACAGUGAUGGAAGUGGUUUUCGUUACCUUGCACGAGAACACGAACACUUUCCUAAUUACAAUGCAAUCAGUUUCAAUGAUAAACUCUCAUUUCUGCGUCCCCUUCGUCCUGGUAGAGGUUGUGACUGCUAG